AUGUUCGCCUUGCUUUUGAUACUUUCUCUGCUGGCCGUAAUAGACAGCGGCGCUGUGGGAGAAUGUCGCUCGGAGUGUGUAGAGCAGAACCUCUAUAAGAUAGUACGAGUUCAUUUGAAGGAUGAUUUCGUGAUGGCAGGGAUUUGUCGGAACACCUCCGUUUCCACAGGAACUCUUUCCACUGUUAUUCCAUUCAUAUGCAAUCGGCAUCAUGGUAUUUGGACGUUAGAUACAGAGGAUGAAGAAGGAAUUGUACAGUUCAGCGUGCGAUGUCCUCCGAACGACCCCGUCAAGCCAGUUCAACUUGCUGCUUGUCCGCGUUCAUUUUGA